AUGGCGCAGGUGCAGGAUUCUUCGUUCAAUCCCUCGUCGCCCCACUCGUCGAGUGGUGGUGCCGACUCCUACAAACAAGAGGGUACCCCGGAUACCAGACUGACCGUGUUUUCUCCUGAUGAGAACUUGACCAAAUCUAACCGGCUGCUGUCGACAACCUUUGGUCGCGACGGUUCCUCUAACCACGCCGCCAAUGUUCACACCACCUCACAGGAGUGCUACGGUGGCGCCCAAGGCGCUGUUGAGAGAGACCCUUUCGUCUCAAAUACAACCAUCAAGCCUGAGCAAAAGUUGUCGCCCACUGCCUCAGCUUUCCGCCCUGUCUCAGGCUCUCUUGCCGCCUACGGUCCUCCCAACACACCUCUGGGUGCUAACAUCAGUGUGAAUCCUAACCGUCAGCUGUUCGCUCCGCAAGCCACGGCUAAGUUCAGCGACGAGUUGGGAGUCUCUCGCUGCCUGGUCCUCUAUUCACAGACUCAGCCCGUCAACGUUGUCGAGGUCGAGGAGUACCUUGUGAAACUAGAGAGGCUCGGGUCCCCAUGCCGGGGUAAACGCCACAUCGUCCCGGCCGAGGGUAAGGUCUUCCUCCACCUUCCCAACGUUCGCGACGCUCGAAAUGCCCGCGAGAACGCUCAGCUAGGCUCUCCCCAUUGGCAGGCUGCAUAUGUAUCUUCGGCUGAGUUUUACAAGGUCUGCGGCUCAACUGAGAAUGUUGACCCAAUCUCCGACGGUAAAAUCCAGGUCACAGCGUUUGACCAAGGCGUCAGCUUCAGUGCUGUUCAUGUUGAGACUGUCGUCCAUACCUUCCUCGAUACUCAAGGCGAAGUCUUCGCUCUUCUACGCCAGAGCGAGCCCAAUGAGCAUGCUUUCCGAGCCAUGGUCGAGUAUUCCGAUGCAGAUGUUGCCGUCUCCGUCGUCCACCGAUUCAACGGCAUGGCCUUGGGUCUACAUGGCGCGGCAGCGAUCCCUCGAGUGGUCGGUAGCCAGGUAACUUCCUCCAACAACCACCGAAACCCUUCCCACCACAUGCCCGCUAUGUACCAGGGCGUGGGUAUCCCAGGGACGCCACAGAACGCUGGGAGUUUUAUCCCCCGCAACCAUCUCGGCCAUUCUCCCGUUGGCCCUCAUGGCCCGCCGCAGUACGCCCCCAUGCAUCCCGCCCCUUACCAAGGCCCCGUCAACCCGGGCCCGAACAGGCUCAUGCUCGAUCACACCCCCACUCGUACUCAAAGCGUUAGCCACAUGGCGCCGAUGACACCUAUUUCGGGGAGCAUGCAGAUUGUGUCGUCGCCGUUCAACACAACCCCCCCUGACACCCCAAUGGGAAUGCAUAGCAACUUCACCAGCCCGAGGAGCAACCAACACUACGGACGUACAGACAGUCGCCGUCAGAGCGCCAUGCGCGUUAACCGGUCUCCCUACUUCAACAAUGGCGGCCAUCACAAUCAUGUUGAUAUCACGCGCAUUCGAGACGGUAUCGAUGUACGGACCACAAUCAUGCUGCGCAACAUUCCCAACAAGGUCGACCAGGCAAUGCUGAAGCGUAUCAUUGACGAGUCGAGCUGGGGCAAGUAUGAUUUCAUGUACUUACGCAUCGACUUCGCCAACGACUGCAACGUUGGUUAUGCGUUUAUCAACUUCGUGGAUCCAUUGGACAUCAUCGACUUCGUCAAUGCGCGGGGCAACCAGCGCUGGAACUGCUUCAAGAGCGACAAGAUCGCGGAAAUCUCCUACGCCACUAUCCAAGGCAAGGAUUGUCUGGUUCAAAAAUUCCGCAACAGCUCUGUCAUGUUAGAAGCGCCUCACUAUCGACCGAAGCUCUACUUCACUUCCAAUGGCCCUCGGCCAGAGCUGGCGGGUCAAGAGGAGCCGUUCCCCGAGCCCGACAACCAGUCCAAAAUGAAGCGCAGCUGUGAGAACGCUGAGCAUGUCGGUCUCUUCACCCCGAACGCUGGCCAGCAUUUCCGUGAUGAGCAACGGCGCCGCCGUUCUCAGUAUGACCGCGGCACCAGGCUUGCUGCCCUCGAAGAGUACGAUUACAACACUCAGGCUCGCCCGCAGGGGUACUACCUCCAGCAGUAG